CUUAGACGGUCGUCAGUGUUGUCAACCCCGUGGCUCUACUACACCACAGAAUGUAUACAUUGGUUGUGCUUCUGUCGCUAAUUUCCUUCAGCUAUGGCGUGGUGUGGAAGGACCCGAUUCGAUUCAGCCCUGAUGUAGUUCCCACCAUCGGCAAAGCCACCUUGCAGAAAGUCUCUGAGCUCGUGAGCAAAGUACAGUCUGUACUAAAAGAUUUAAACAAUGGCAUACCAAAAGACAUACUUUUAGAGUUUCCAAAGAUUUGGUUAGUUUUAGUGAUUUUGUAAUGGGAUCUCUAACAGUCAAAGGAGAUAAAAGCGAAAUGGACGAAAUCAAAGACUUGAUAGUGAAAACAAUGCAAUGGAAAAACUCACAAAGUAAAGAAAUGAAUAAAGUGCAAGUUGAAAGGGCCAUCAAUGUUUGGAACGAUACUACUCUUUCUAUUGACAAAAACAAAGACAAAGCGGAAGAGAUCGAGUUGUAUAAGUUACUUUUCGCUUUGAGAACUUCUGCCAGUGUGAUCCAGGACACAAUACAAAUGCUAGAUGAACCCACAAUUUAUAAACCUACAGUAUACGAUGGCACAGUUUUUGAAAGAGUAAAACCAAAGCGAACAAUAUAUUGCUUAGGGAAAAUUGUUUGGGGAAAGUGUAUAGGAGUCCAUGUUUCAUAAACAAGCAUAUUUCCUGGUCGGG